UGAAUUGGUUCCUGCACACUUCCCAGCGCCGGGCAGCGCCAAUUAAGGGUCCGAGGAGUCAGAACUGACACCUCUGCAAAUGGGUCCGGCAUUCCCAGGCUCCCGACCGGCCCCAACCCGGCUCUGUAGGUUUUGACACCUCCGGGCGGCCACAAAGACAUCACGUCCCAUAAAGCCGGGGCACCCCUAGUCCCGGGCAGCGGAGCAGACCCCAGCCAUGGCCGGACCCCCAGCCCCGCUCCUGCCCUGCGGCUUCCAGCUCCCAGGACACGGUGUCCCUCUGCGGGGCCCCGACGAUGCCACCCCCCCAACUCCCGCCGCUCCGCACGUCCCGUCCCGCUGUGCCCCGCGGGGCCGGCGCCCGGGGCCCGGGGCUGAGCCGUGGCGGUGCGGGGAGCGGGGCCCGCGGCAGAGCGCCAGCGAGCGGGAGAAGCUGCGGAUGCGGCGGCUGGCGCAGGCCCUGCUGCGGCUGCGGCACUACCUGCCGCCCGCGCUGGCGCCCGCCGGCCAGAGCCUCACCAAGAUCGAGACCCUGCGCCUGGCCGCCCGCUACAUCGCGCACCUCUCGGCGCUGCUGGGGCUCAGCGAGGAGGCGCUGGCCCGGCGGCGGGGGGCGGCGCCCCGGCACUGCCCGCUCUGCCCCCAGGGCCUGGGGUGCUGCCGGAGCCCGGACCCCCGCCCGCUCCCGCCCGCCCCGGCCCCGCGCGCUGCUUCGCCCCCCGGCGCCGCGGGCUGGGGGUCACCUCCCGUGGCCGGGCCCCCCCCGGAGCUGCUCGGGGCUGGCGGCGUGGGGCCGGGGGCCUGGGGGUCGUCGCCUCCCUGUGGCGCUGCAGCAGGGCCCCCCCCGGAGGUGCUUGGGGUUCCAGACAUGGGGCCGGGAGCCUGGGGGUCGCCCCCCUACAUCCCUUCGAUGAGGACCCCCCCGGAGCUGCACGGGAGCCCUGGCUCCACCUCAGGGUCGUGGUCGUCCCCGCUGUGCAGCCUCGGAGCAGUGACCCCCCUGCAGCCCCCCCAGAGAUGCACCGCGGCCACGGGCACCGCUCCAGCCUCCUCCUGCUGCUGGGAGCCUGCAGCCCCUCCUCAGCCUCCCACGGCGGGACUGACGGACACAGGACCCCCUGCGGCCCCAGCGCCUGGCUCCCAGCUGGCCGCGCACCUCCAGCUCCGCAUCCCACCGGCCCUGGACAGCAUCCUCGCUGCAGUGCCCCACACAGCCUCGGUCCUGCCUGGCUGCCCCCCAGCACGGCACUGGGGGGGCUGGAGCUGAUCCUGCACCCUCGGCCACAGAGGCUGCACAGGGGACAGGGACGUGGCCAUGCGGGAUGGACACCAGGGUCAGGCUCCUCAAUAAAGCUGCUGUGCAC